AUGUCCGACGAACAGAAGAACGUUGAGCCCCCCCAGGAGACUCAGCCUGUCACCACUGCCGACGUCCCCGCCGAGAUCAAGCCCCUCGAGGUUGUUCCCGUCACUGAGGCUCCCGUUGUUGUCGCCGACGCCGAGGCUGCGCCCGCUGCCGCCGCCACCACUGAGGCUACCGAGACCGAGGCCGCCCCCGCUGCUGCUGAGGAGGACAAGAAGGAGGAGGAAGUCAAGCCCGUCGAGGAGGGUCAUCUUGAGCACAAGGGCCAGCCCGCCAACUUCCCCAAGAACCUUCUCUUCUCCAAGAAGUUCUUCUGGUUCGGAAAUGAGGCCGUUGAUCUGAAGUCCAUCAGCACCUUCAAGGCUGACAAGGCCGCUGAUGUUGCGCACCACGUCACCGCCUGGGCCGCCGAGACCGGCAAGGGUCUCCUCUUCUUCAGCGAGAAGUCUGACAAGGCCGCUCCCCACGGCGCCAUCCACCUCGCCGAUGCUUCUGAGCCCGCCACCGACGGUGCUACCAAGUUCCAUUUCACUGCCAAGGGCCACAAGCACGCUUUCAAGGCUUCCAACACCGCUGAGCGCGACAACUGGGUUAACCAGCUCAAGGCCAAGAUCGCCGAGGCCAAGGAGCUCGCCAAUACCGUUGUCGAGAGCGAGACCUACAAGAAGACUAUUGAGACCCUCAAGCCUGCUGCUGUGAAGAAGGAGGAGGAGGCCCCCGAGGCCGCUGCCGCUGCUGAGCCCGCCACUGAGGCUGCCGCUGAGGCUCCUGCCACCGAGGAGACCCCUGCUGCCACUGAGGAGGUCGCUACUACUGAGCCCGUCGCUAAGGAGGAGGCCAAGGAGGAGGGUUCCAAGCGCCGCUCUGCUAGCCGCAAGCGCACUUCGAUCUUCGGCAACCUUGGCUUUGGCAAGAAGGAGGAGAAGAAGCCCGUUACCGUUGAGGCUGCCCCCGCCACUGAGGAGGCUGCUGAGACCCCCGUCAGGCCCACCCCUGCCAAGCGCACCAGCCUUUUCGGCAACCUUUCCUUCGGCAAGAAGAAGGCUGCCUCUCCUGCGCCUGUCGCUACUGAGGAGGCCCCUGCUGCCACCACCGAGCCCGUCGCCGAGACCGCUCCUGUGAUCCCUGCUGUUGACACCACCGAGCCCCUCUCCGCUGAGGUCAACUCUCCCGCGACUGUCCCCACUGAGACUGUCGAGGUCCCCGCUGCCACCAACGGCGAGUCUUCUCCCAAGAAGGAGGUCAAGAGCGACAAGCGCAAGAGCUCUCUUCCCUUCGCCUUUGGCAAGAAGGAGAAGGCCACCUCUGACGAGGAGAUCGAGAAGCCCAAGUCUCCCUCUCCCUUCUCUCGUCUCCGUGAUACGAUCAAGGGCAAGGGCAAGGGCAAGGCCGAGAAGACUGAGAAGGCCGAGGAGAAGACCGAGGAGGCCAUCCCCGAGACUGAGGUCGAGGCUGAGGCCGCCAAGGAGGAGGCUGCUCCUGCCACCACUGAGGAGGUUGCUCAGCCCGCUACCGAGACCGAGGCUACCCCCGCCGCCCCGGCUACCGAGGAGACUGAGGCUGAGAAGCCUGCCUCCUCCGUCCCUGUGACUGCUGCCGCCUAG